AUGUUCUUCGCAAAAGCGCGGUGUCACUUCUGUGGCACCAAGUCAACCCACGCCAAGGGAACUCGCGAGUUCCAGUGCACAUCUUGCGAGGCGCUCAACUUCUUUGACGAGCGCGGCAAUGUCCUCGAUACGCCGGCGACCCUCACUGCCUCAGGCCCGCCUCACGCUGAGGCACGACCGCUCACAUUCACCAAGCCACUACCAGAGACACUGGGACACCAAGACCAGCAGGCCUUCUGCCGCACGUGCCUGCAGAACCAGCACCUCUACAACGAGACCCUGGCCAACUACCUCCCCGACGAGUCGCAUCCGCAAUACAAGCAGUUCGAGGCGGCCAUUCCGAAAUACAAAAAAGAGCUGGAGAAGCGAUAUCCGUUGGUCUGCAAGAGAUGCGCCCCAGUCGCCCAGUCCAAGAUCGAGCGGAGCGACUACUAUGGCCUCGCCCAGAACGCCAGCCGUCUGAUCGCAGAGACUCGUGCCCGUGGCGGACAGCCCGCAUACCGCACUCGCGAUGACAUGGGCAAGAAGAUGAUGCGCACGCUCUACAAUCUCGUCGGUCUUGCGCUCUUCAUGGGCCUCCUCACUCAAAUCGCAUUCCACCUCUACGCCAUUCUGACCCUCCACCUCGGCACAGCCUCCUCCGAGCCAGAGCUCACCGACAUCACCGACACCAUGAUCCACCCAUCGCUCAACGAAUGCGCCCAGCAGUCGCUGCACCUGCACUUCAGCAAUACCUGCUUUCACCUCUUCAGCAACCUCGUACCCUACACGCUGGCUCUCGCCACGUGCGGCUUAUGGUACAACACUGGCCUCAAGCACUGCUAUCACCACACACACCGAAUGGAGGCAAUCACCGGGCAGGCGAACUACUUUUGGAUACAAGUCAUGGUCUUGGCACUCAGAUCUUGGGCAUGGUUUACCUUGUCGGAUCCAUCAAUCACCGCCCGCCUCACCAAAGAGCAGCUCAUCGCCACCCAUGGCUUUGUUACAUUCUUUGUCAUGAUCACACAGCUUGUUGCACAACGCGGUAUACAGCCAGUGCGCUGGAGCAUGAAAGGCCGAAUCAUGCCCAAGCCGAGCGAACGUGAUGUCCUCGGCGCGAAUGCUGGACCAGCAUCCGACCGCUUCACUCCCAAGGCUUCAGAAAAGGACCCUUUCAGGUACCUCCAAAACAACGAGCCUGGUCCUUUGCAAGUAAUCAACGAGACCACGAAGAAGCAGCAGAGACAAAACACCUACUCCCGAUCUGCCCGCUUGACUGUCCAGCAACCAUCACCGGACUAUUCGGACGACGAGGACGCAAUGGAAACAGAUUACCACCCAGUUAUGCGCUCCUCUCAGCGAAUCGCAAACCAGCAGACAAGCCUCCAGCCACGCGGCAGCCACCUCAACCAAAGCAAUGCCCCAGCCUUGAGUUUCGGCGGUGACAUGAGCAAUCAGGUGUUCGGCAUGCAGACACAAAUACGCGCCGAAGAAGAGCGCAAUCGCAUUCACCAAGAACAGCAAAUGCAGCGCAAGCCGAGUCCAUUCUACGGCAAGCUUCCACCAGCACCGAUGAGCAUGGAGCGACGUCUCCGCAACCCUGUCAUUGUGCCACAGGAAGCAGAGAAAGUUCCAUUGAGCCAGCAGCCAGACUUCAUGACACGAAUGCGCGAUGGCGUGAAGCCAGUGCAUUUUCCAGAGAAGGGAACAAACUUCCAACCCAAGCCCAGCACUUGGAACCUCCCGAGCGACUCCAAAGAGAUCGGACUGGAAGACAGAUUUUUGAAUACUUUUUCAUUGGACGAUCCCGCCCCAGGCGGCCAGAAAGCACGACGUGGCGGAUUAUUUGGCGGCUUCUUUGGGCGUUGA